CUUGGCGCAUACUUUUGCAUCACAAAACAUGGUAACGAAAUUGCUAGUUAAUUGCAUAUUUCAAAAUUCCUUAACUACGGAACUGAGAAUGAAGGAUAGACGUUUGUUUGCAAACAAAAACAUUCAACAGAUGACGGUAACAAACAUUCCAAGCGUUGGUUGAUCCUUAGCAACCACUGAAUGGAAAUCGAUUUAACAGUGAAAAUUUUCCUCAUUGUGAGAAUUCCGCUACUGUCCAGCGGAUUGUAUCGUAUUUAUUCCGAUUUAAUAAUGUCAACCACACAUCGUAAUUUAGUGCGCGGGGGUAAAUCCGGUCGUGGCAGAGUUAGACAUUCCAUCCCGAAGGAUACUUCCUCUGGUGGCGGCCCGCUGAAGGAGAAGAUUCCCGUUAGACAGGACAGCGAGGAAUCGGAAUCGACCGAUGCGGAUUCCUCAUCCGACGAGGAGGAGCGCUGGAAGGAAUCCAAGAGCACGAGCGAUGUGCCCUCGGAAUAUUGGCACAUCCAGAAGCUGGUCAAGUACAUGAAGGCGGGCAACCAGACGGCGACCAUUGUGGCGCUGUGCUGCCUCAAGGAUCAUGACCUUACCACCCAGAUGAACCAAAGGGCGAUUCAGGACAGCGGCGGGCUGGAAGUGCUCGUUAAUCUACUCGAGAGUAACGAUCUCAAGUGUCGACUGGGAGCACUGACGGUACUGUCGGAGGUCUCGUCCAACUUGGACAUCCGACGAUCGAUAGUUGACCUAGGAGGUAUUCCGCUGUUAGUGCAGAUACUCUCGGAACCGGGACGCGACCUGAAGAUCAUGGCGGCCGAGACUCUCGGAAACGUGGCCAAGGUACGGCUCGCCCGCAAGCUGGUGCGUCGGUGCGGGGGUGUUCCCCGGCUGGUGGACUUGUUGGAUGUGAAUAUUAACGUACUUCGAUCGCAGCGGGACCAGCUGGGCGAGGACGAACGCGAGAUGUUGGACAUGGCCAGAGCGGGCGCAAGAGCCCUCUGGUCUCUGUCCGAAUCUCGGCACAACAAGGAGCUGAUGUGCAAGGGAGGCAUCGUUCCGCUAAUGGGUCGUUUGCUGAAGAGCGUCCACAUCGACAUCGUCGUUCCGACUAUGGGUACCAUACAGCAGUGCGCCUCGCAGGCCAACUAUCAGCUGGCGAUAACCACCGAGGGAAUGAUCUACGACAUCGUGUCGCAUCUCACAUCGGAUAAUUUGGACCUGAAGCGGCAAUGCAGUUCGGCCAUUUUCAAAUGUGCUAGCGAUAAGACCGCCAGCGAUAUGGUUCGUGAUUCGGGGGGCUUGGAACCGCUGGUAGGUAUCGCUCGGGAUAAAACAGUGCGGGAUAACAAACCGCUGCUGGCUGCAGCCACUGGUGCGCUGUGGAAAUGUGCCGCAUGCGAAGCCAAUGUAAAGAAAUUGGACCAACUGAAAACAGUUCAGGUUUUGGUCCAACUGCUGAACGAUGAAAGUGAGGACGUGCUCACCAACGCGGUCGGAGCUAUCUCAGAAUGUGUUAAAUAUCAAAAUAAUCGUGAAAUUCUUAGAGUAUGUGGAGGAAUUCCACUACUAGUAAAUUUACUCAAUAUGACACAUGCACCUUUGCUGGAGAAUAUAGCCAAAACAUUGAAGGAGUGCGCUUCUGAACCGGAAAGUAUGACAAUAAUGGAAGAGCUAGACGCAAUACGUUUGAUUUGGUCACUUCUGAAGAAUUCAAACCCAAAAGUACAAGCGCACGCUGCUUGGGCACUCUGCCCAUGCAUCGAAAACGCUAAGGACUCAGGAGAGUUGGUCAGAAGUUUUGUUGGUGCUUUGGAGUUAGUUGUUGGUUUGCUCAGCUCGCGUGACAAUUUUGUGCUUUCGGCAGUAUGCGCGGCGAUUGCUACCAUCGCUAAAGAUAGAGAGAAUUUGUCGGUCCUGUCGGAUCACAAGGUAAUCUCGAUGCUUGCCCAUCUUGUGUACACCACCGAUGAUCUACUGCGGGAAAACUUGGCGGCGGCUAUCGCCAGCUGUGCACCGUACGCAUCGAACACUCAAGAGCUUGGACGACUGCGGACCGUCACCCCCAUUGUCGGGUACAUGGUCAGCAAUAAUCCACGCGUUCACCGGACUACGGCAAUGGCUCUGCAGAAGCUCUCGGAGGAUCCCCAAAACUGCAUCACGAUGCAUCAGAGCGGCGUGGUUCCAUUCCUGCUGGAAACUGUUGGCUCUAAGGAUCGUGAGCUGCAGGAGGCUUCCGCAGGAUGUCUGCAAAAUAUCCGAAAACUGGCACUGCGUGCCGAAGAACUCGAAUUUCGAGGAGAAUAGAUGCUCAAAAUUUAUUUCACCAUUAUAGCAUACUCUCACGGACAUUGUUUGUUCAACACACUCACGUUGUAUUUAGGAGCAUUUUUGGAUGACGAUAUGGUACUUACGCUGAGAAUUCCGCUCAGCAUGUUAACGUGCAGAGAUAGCAUAUUUCAGACAAUAAAAUCAACUUGUGAAAAUACACUAGCAUACUUCAGACGAGAG